GGGCAGAAGCGGCCAGGGCAGCAGCCAGGGCGCUCGGAGCGGUGCUGCGCCGCCGACAGUUUGUGGGUCGGCGCGCGGUGACCGAACCCCAUGUGAGCGUCUCCUCCUGCCCCCGACGACGCAACAGCUUAGGAGGAUGUCGGCCAUCUGCUUCGUGUGUAACCUGCCCAUCCUGAGCCAUCAGGUCGGGCUGGUCUGGGAGGGCGGCAAUGGCUACGACGAGAUGCAGAGCGAGAGUUCCUCGCCGCGGCCUCGCGUGGGCCGCCGGGACUCCUGCGCUCAGAUCACCACCAUCGAGCCCCCGCGGGAGAUACGGGAAACCUCCCCCCCUACCUCCCGCAGGCGGCGCUCCUCCUUGGCGCAGCUGACGGACAUCCUGCGGGACUGGGGCCGCCGGGACGUUGCGGAGCAGCGGUCCACUAGCACGUGCACCACGGCCAGCACCACGCCCGUGGGGCCGCUCACCCGGCGGGAGAGUCGCGACCUAAGCCGCAGAGAGUCCUUCGUAGAGAUGGCCAAGUCCCUCCCAUGGAGAAGGAAAGAGUCCCUCGUGGACGUCCCGCGCAUCAAGAACCGCCGGGAGUCCUCCGCUGAGAUGAAAAAGCGGCGGCAGAGCGGCACCGACAUCCGGACUGACAUCGCGAAGUUCCUGGCGCGGCGGGAGAGCGUGACGGAGAUACUUCGGCGGCGCCGAGACUCCCUGGAGCAGGAGAAGAAGGAGCGGCGAGACUCGACCACACAGGUGUACAUGCGCUCCUCCCGCAACAGUGUGGACAAGACCGCCUCGCCGGACCGCCCCGAGAUCCACUCCCCCCGCCACGUGUCCUCGCCUGAGCCCCGCGAGCUGGCCCCCAAACCCUCCGUCACGCCUCAGGUGUCGGCGGAGUCCCACAUCUCCCAGGCGUCACUCGCCUCCCAGCUGUCGGGGGUGGGGGAGGCGGCGGGUGGGGGCACGGCCGAGGUGAGGUCGCCCGUGUCCUCGCCAGCACCGUCCUCUCCCACCACUACCACCACCACCAUCACCACCAAGCGCGAGUCCAUCACGCAGCUGUACCGCGGCAGGCGGGACUCGCGGCCGCAGGUAUCACCGGAGCGCGGAUCGGGACGCGGCAGCAGGGAGACCUCGCCCAAGUACAGCAGGCUGCGGCGCCAGUCCACCGCCAUCGAGGAGGCGCUGCCAUUGCCUGGCUCCCGUCGAGGCUCUCGCCCCUUCCUGUCGCCAGACGGGCCGGAGACGGAUGGCCUCGCCAAGAAGUGUCGCCGGGACUCCCUGUCGCCAGACUCCGCGGCGGUGGAGGAACUGUCGCUGGGCAAGAAGGCGCGCCGUGACUCCCGCCCACACCUCUCGCCGGAAGCCAGCGACUCCAACUCCAGAGAAACGUCCCCGCGCAGCAGACUGCGGCGCCAGUCCACCACGGCGGCAGAGUACUGCGGCAGGGGCCGCCGACCGUCGCGAUCCCCAAGGUCACCUGACUCCUCCUCCACCUGUUCUUCCAGGGAACACUCGCCCAAGGACCUAGGAUUGCGGCGCCAGUCCACCACGGAGGAGAUUCUGCUGUCCCGGGGCUUCAGGAGACAGUCUACCACGGAGGACAUCAUGCGGGCCAGGAACUUCCGCCGCCAGAGCACCCAGAGCGAGGAAAUGUCCAGGUCACGGGGCAGGCGGGACUCCUCGGCGCAGAUCACGGACGGCACUCUGGCCACCAUGACUGUCGAGACCUCUUGUGCCUUCUUCGAUACCUCCACGCAGACAGGCAAAAAGAAGGACAGGUCAUCAAAGGGAUCCCUGUACGACAACAACAACUACCACGAGGAAUGCCUGCGCUGCAACUCCUGCGGCCUCAACCUGACCGGACCCAGCCAGACCAGAGCCCGCCGCUACAAGAACCAGUUCCUGUGUGACCUUCACUUCGCCGAUGUCGCCCUCAUGGAGACCUCAGACUUCCUCCAGCAGCUGCGCUCCUUCAAGCCGCAGAGCCUCGGGUGUGCGGUGGCUAGGCGGAAGUCGUCCACCACCUUGAUCUUCCCGCUCCCGCCCCAGGCUUGCUCAGAUGAGUUUUGCUCCGGGUAUCCGCACAGUCUGCUUCCCACCCCUGGGUACUGGAUAGAGUGUGCCGGCCAGACUGUUCCCGAUGACACCAUAUGGGACGAAUCUGAGCCGGAGCUGGACGACUCCUCCCCGCAGAGUGACCACCCCGACAAGGCAGACCAGAACAUACAGGUGUGUCCGGGCGGGCAGGUGCCGGUGAUCAACGAGCCAUCGCGGCAGAAGACAUGCAUCCAGGAACAGUGGGAGAGGAACGGCCAGUUUGACCUGACGAGCAUCGAACAGGAGACCUACGAGAAGUAUUUCUAUGGCUCCGAGCACUGGAACUACUUCACGCAGGACGAGGACCUGGGCCCCGUCAUUCUCUCCCUCAAGCAAGAGACAUCUAACGGCAGGGACCAGUUUAGGAUCAUGGUGCGUGGCAUAUCGUACACGGUGCACGGCCUGGUCCCCGCCUCGUGUGUGUUCGCUGACCGCUACAACAGGGAGGAGGUAGUGCGUUCUUUCGGGAGGGAGAUCAACCUCAACCCCCCUCUCGUCCUGGGCCAGCUGCCUGACAUCCCCGAGGAGCUGCUCAAACUGGACCAGGUGUUCAUCAAGAGCGAGCUGAAGGUGGGGGUGGUGUACGUGCGGGAGGAGCAGUUCACGGAGGAGGAGAUACUAGACAACAACGACACGUCCCCGCUGUUUGAGGAGUUCCUGCAGAUACUCGGCGACAAAGUGCGGCUGAAGGGUUUCGACAAGUAUAAGGGGGGCCUGGACACCGUGCAUGACCUGACGGGCCUGUACAGCGUGUAUGCCAACUGGAGAAACAUCGAGAUCAUGUUCCACGUCUCCACGCUGCUGCCAUACGAGAAGCACGAUCCGCAGAAGCUGCAGAGGAAACGACACAUCGGCAACGACAUCGUGUGCGUGGUGUUUCUGGAAGCAGACAACACACCUUUCUCUCCAGCUUGCAUCAAGUCACACUUCCUGCACACCUUCAUCGUGGUCAGGACAAGUCCCAGGAUCAAGUUCAAGCCUACAAGAUACGAGGUGGCCGUUGUGUCGAGGGACGAGGUGGGGGCGUACAAACCUUACCUGUUUGAGCAGAGCUGCUUCGAGAAGGGCCCCAUGUUCCGCGAGUGGCUCCUCACCAAGAUUGUGAACGGAGAACGUGCCUCCUAUUCUGCGCCCAAGUUUGCCCGUAUGCAGGACCGCACCCGCUCCCAGAUGCUGGAGGACCUUGUCAACAACCUGCAGAACCACGCCGAGACAGGCCAGAUACCCAAGCCCUACAGACGCGGGUCGUGGCGGCCUAUCGGUCACAUGCGGCCGUCAUCGCCGCUACUGGACUCGGUGCGGGACCUGUUCGAGGGGCACGAUCAGCUGGCCAAGGACUUCACCCGUGCCUUCCACAACAGCGACAACCAGUUUAACAACAUGCUCUUCGACGUGACCUUCCUGGUGGGGUCAGGCAAGGAGAAGUGCAAGCUGUACGGCGUAAGGGCCAUCCUAGGGGUGCGCAGUAGAGUGUUCCAGGAGAUGCUGUACGGCUUCAGCACAGGCUUUGGCUCCCCGCAAGUGUCAGUUGCGGACAUCCUGGCACGAGCCGUCCCCACCCUCCAUUCACCCUCACACAAACCAAAGAGCUCCAACUUCCUUCAGGUGCCUGACAUAGAGACGCCGCGGCCCAAGAGUGUGCCCAACUCCCCCAUUGUGAUGCGCGCCUUCUCCCGCCUUGGCACCCUCACCUCGGGCUGGGGCAGGUCAUCCAAGAAGAAUGAUAGACUCUCUGUGGAGGACAAGAAGAAGUGGGCCUCCUCUCAAGACUGCUCAGGGAAGGAAGGCAAGGAGCGUCAGGGUGAGAAGAACGCCCUAGCUGUGCCGCGCCUCAGUGUGUGUGCUGACGGGGGCAAGGUGGACCGGGCGAGGCUUUGCCAGACGGAGGUACGUGUGAUGGUGCCGCAGACUUCGGAGCGACGCCAGACUCAAUUCACCAUCAUCGAAUUUGAGCCUGAGACACUGAGGAUCCUGCUGGACUACCUUCACACUGGGUCCUGUCCUCUGACCUGUACUUCCAUCCCUGGCCUCAUCUGUGCUGCUGAGCAUUAUGACCUCCCAGAACUCCUCCAGGCCUGCUUCCACCACGCCAAGCAGUUCCUCCGUAUUGAAGUGGUGUGUAACAUGCUGAGCAGCCUUGAAAACUACUACUGGCGCUACACCUCAGCCUCAGAGCUGGUCAACAUGAUCCUUGCCUUUGUGGAGACUCGUGCUGUGCAGGUGUUCCAGUCAGCAGACUUCCUCCAACUGUCUGAAUCUAUGGUGAACAUGAUGAUGGCCAGAAACCUGGAAGUGGCCGAGAUCACCAAGUUUGAGGCGAUGCUGGCAUGGGCCAAGAACCGUGUCAAGGUGAAGGGUGCGUCCAAGGCUGACUCUCGUGUGGAGUUCCGCUGCAUCAUGGAGAGGCUGACCAGGGAGCUGAAGCUGUACAGGAUCUCCCCUCAGGAUCUCAUCAAGAUUGUAUUACCAAGUAAAGCCAUCAAGAAUGAAAGGAUUCUGGAGACCCUCAUGUUCCAAGCCAACUCAGGCAUGUACCGGAUCAAUGACUCUUAUUUGGAGGCUUGUCAGCAGCGACUCCAGAAGCAAGACUCCAAGUUCAGCGAGUGGGAGUCGUUUGACUAUGGGCUAUAGCGCCGGGUCCUUCUUCCCCUCCUCUUCCUCUUCCUGCUGCACCUAACCACCACCACCACCACCACCACCACCACCACCACCACCACUACCAUCACCAGUAGUUGUCAGUCAUGAAGGCACUGGGAGGUCGAUCUACAGAAGAGCAUUAUCAUGUUGCACUGUUGGCCACUACUUGGCAACUCACUUCAUCUGGCAAAUCCUCACCUGCCUCAGUCUCAGUGUAAGGUUGACAUUGUUUCUACUUCUGGGGCAGCGAGUGGGAGUCGUACAGUUUCCGGGCAGCCUUAGAGUGUCCUCAAAAGGGACAACAACAUAGGACAUAAUAGAGGAGAUCCUUUUCUCACCUGCUUGUGGAGAGGAACAGGUUAAUGUAAAGAUAGAACAGAGAAGACCACUUUUUUGAGUUGGUCAUGUUUGUAUGUGUCUGCAUGUCUGUGUGUGUGUGUGUGUGUGUGUGUGUGUGUGUGUGUGUGUGUGUGUGUGUGUGUGUGUGUGUGUGUGUGUGUGUGUGUGUAAGUGUGUAUUUGGG